CGCAUGUGAAUCGCCGUUUAAGAUUGACGCUGUCAGUAUUGUGGUACAAUGUUGGGAUGGUGAUAAAUAUUGCUCAGAGCCACAUUCUCGAGGCGUUCUUUCCACCUCCAGCUCUCAGCCUUCCUCCUCAGCCAUUCUUUUCUUUCCUAUUGGCGCGCAAGUUCGAUUCUUACAGUCUCUUCUGUUUUCUUACCCUUCUCUUCAUCACAUUCCUUUCACAUCUUCAACCUUGAUUCAACAAGAUGCAUUUGACCCUUGAUCUCUUGCUACUGAGUAGCAUAACCACGGUUCUGGCAGCUGAUGUAUGGACUGUCAACUGUGGUGUCCUGUCAGUUCAGAGAUCCGAUCCUAUCAUCAGCCCAGGACGUCCAUCAAGCCAUGUUCAUGCAAUUGUGGGCGGCACUGCGUUCUCGAGGAGUAUGGCUGGGAUCAAAGAUGCUGUGAACGCCAAAGCAACAACAUGCGACAAGUACACUGAUCACAGUAACUACUGGUGUCCCCAACUGUAUAACAGGAGGAAUGGCAUGUUUGAACUUAUUCCUUUCACAGGAGCUAACAUGUAUUACAAGAGAUAUACAUGCGAUUAUCAAGAAGGUGGUAUAACACAAAAUGACUCCGAGCAAUCUAACCAAGCAAUUCUCUUUGAGACUGAGGGGACUGGCGAAGUCUACGGCUUCCCCAAAACGAUCAAAGGACGACUCCAACUGAAUGUUCGAUUCCCAUCAUGCUGGGAUGGCAAGAACCUCGACAGUCCAGAUCACAAGAGCCAUAUGUCCUAUCCCGAUCCAACAAAAGGCGACACCCAGGGCGGAAUGUGUCCCUCCACACACCCCAUCGCACUCCUCCACGUCGGAGCCGAAUUCGGCUUCGACACAGGCUCUCUCGAUAUCACAGACUCCUCCACCCUCGUCUUCUCCAUGGGCGACACGACAGGCUACGGAGGCCAUGCCGAUUUCAUCCAAGGCUGGCAGAAUCUAACUGCACUGGGAGAAUCAUUCGACAACUGUAACGGGUUUGGAGAUGCUUGUGCAUGGAACUCGUUUGGAACGCCGGAUGGAAAGCAGGGUGUAAAGAGUGACUUGAAGCCUCAAGUGCCGGCAGUGUUUGAGGAAGAUAUCGGUCUGAAUGGACCGAUUGCAAAAUUGCCGGGGAACAAUCCCGUUUGGAAUGGAGUUACUUCUGCCUUGUCUUCGGUGUUGCCAACUGAAGUCCUGCCGACCACCCUGGUCACAAUGACGGCCUCAUUGCCCCUGGUUUCGCCAGCUUCUUCAGUGUUGGCGACGGUCUUGUCCAUUCCAACUUCAGUUUCUAUUGGUUUGCCCGCUAAGCUGGAGACAUCUGUUGCUUCAGUCGAGACCUCCCCGGCACAAUGCAGUGAAGAAACUGACUAG